GACCAGUGUAGUUCUGGUACCCAGGAGGAAUAUUUCUUUUUUUGACUUGGCAACGUCAGAUCCAUAAGGUAAAGAAAUUAACUGUGUGAAAUCCAUCCUUCUUCAAGAUUAAAAACAUGGAGUCUGUGACUUCAGACUAUGAUUACAAUACAACAUUAGAUAACUUACAGGAAGAACUCUGUAACCUCGACCCUAGCGCGAUGGAGGUCAUCACUCAAACUUACAUCCACUCCGUCAUCUGUGCCUUUGGCCUGAUAGGCAACGCACUUGUAAUCGUCACCUACAUAUUCUACAAGAGAAGGAAGACAAUGACAGAUGUCUAUCUCUUCAAUGCAGCUGUGGCAGAUCUGAUCUUUGUGGUGUCCCUUCCAUUUAUCAUAUACAACGAGAAGCAUAAUUGGUUAAUGGGUCCUGUUGCUUGCAAGAUUCUAAUGUCAGCUUACAGUAUCAACCUCUACAGUGGCAUGCUCCUGCUUGCAUGCAUUAGUGGUGAUCGUUACAUUGCUAUAGUUCAGGCAAGAAGAUCCUUUGGGGUUCGCUUGCGCACUCUGAUCUACAGCCCCCUUAUCUGCUCUGCUGUUUGGAUGUUUGCAGUGGCUUUAAGUCUGCCCACACUCAUCUACACUGAACGUUUUGAAGAACAGAAUCUGGGAGCUGAGGCUGUGACUGUGAUGUGUCAGCUUUCUUUCAGCAAGAAUGAAACAGCAAAGCUAAUAAAGGUGCUGGUUCCCAGCCUUCAAAUGGCCAUUGGCUUUCUGCUGCCUCUGGUGGUGAUGGUGUUCUGCUACUCCUGCAUCAUGUACACAUUAGUGAGAGCACAGAACAACCAGAGGCACAAGGCUAUCCGUUUGGUUUUGGCAGUUGUUGUGGUUUUCAUUGUGUGCCACCUUCCCUACAAUGUGGCUCUGCUGAAUCACACCACGUCUCUUUUUAAGGAGAGGAGUUGUGAGGCAGAAAAGAUAAAACUCCAAGUUUUGGCCAUUUCCAGAGGCGUAGCCUACCUCCACUGCUGUCUAAAUCCCAUCCUCUAUGCCUUCAUCGGGGUGAAGUUCAGGAGCCACUUCCGGCAAAUAAUGUUGAACCUAUGGUGCUUUAGCAAAAAGUACAUUUACUCUGUUUGCCCGUCACACAGAACAUCUGAUAUUUGCAUCUCAGGUUUCAGGUCUUCAAAUGGCUCUAACAACAUGUCAUCAUCAGUUUAUGAAACUGCAGCCCUCUCAAGGAGAUAAUUGGCAAUGCUCCAGGAGCCUCCCAACUUAUCAAGCUGUUACUUUGCUAUAGCUGUAUGUACUGUUAGUAGAGAUAAAAGCUUCUGUACAAAAGGUGCUUAAAUAAAAGUAACAUGUAGUGUAUUUGAAAUGUAAUGCAUCCGGAGUAUGAUUAAAAAUAAAGUAAAAUUGUAGGUUUUUAGAAUUUGAACAACAUUUUACAUAUUAUGAUUAAGUAAUUGACCAUGGAAUAUCUGCUGCAUACAACUGUAAAAACCCUGUUAUAACACAUAUUAACACCUGUACAUAAGUAAAACCCAUGCCACUAUCAUAUGGUUUCUCACUUCUUCAGGUAUGAGAAAUUACAAUUCUCCAUGCAAAUUUGCAAAAUCACGUUUUUUGUUAUUGUUUUUUGUUCAUUUUAAAAAGAAAAAUUUAACCAACAUUUAGUUUGGUCCCCUUUAUUGAAUGGGUUAUAGAUUCAAGCAAAUCCAAAUGUUAAGUCUAUUACUCUGCUAAUAUUUUAAUCUAUAUAUCCAUAGAAAAUGAAAUCUAUUCUUGAAUUUGAACAAAUCACCUCAUAGAAAUAUCUAACUAGUUGUUGAUGAUGUGCUAUCCUUAACCAAAGUCGACACAUUUGGUUAUUUUAUUCAAGUACUCGUGUUAUAAUAACCACAGCCUCUUGUUUUUUUGUACUCCUAUCUAUAUGAUGUUGACUGAGUCUGCUCAUUUUUACAGAAAAGAUAAAAAGCUAAAUUUCUUAAUAUUUCUAAUCUUACUGUACUGUCGCUUUAAUCCCU